CCAGGCCUGGGAGCGAGGGGUUGGGCUUGGCCUCAGGGCGUCCCUGGAUCCCGGACGCGCUUGGGGAUCUCCGGCUCGGACCCCGGGAGCAGAGACAGCGCUCGAGCUUGUCACUUUAAAUUAAAGAGGGAGCGGGCGGGCGAGCGGACGAGCGCGAGGGAGCGCGCGGCGGGCUCCUGGGAGCGUGCCCGGACUGCGGCGCAGCUCCAGUCCGCCGCCCCGGCCCGGCCGAGCCCCCGGCCCGCGCCGCGCUCCUCGGAGGCGGGAGCCCGGCGACACUGCAGGGGUGGCGUUGCCGCCGGCGGCCGGGCUAGGCGCAGGUGCGUGCGCGCUGCGAGAGGCGGGCCGGCAGCUGGAGCCCAGCCGGAGCGGCGGCCCCUCCGCGGAGCCCGGUCACAGUCACUGCAGCAGACAUCAUGGCCGUGGAUGUGGCAGAAUACCAUCUGAGCGUCAUCAAGAGCCCCCCUGGCUGGGAGGUGGGUGUCUAUGCUGCAGGGGCCCUGGCCCUGCUGGGAAUCGCAGCUGUGAGCCUGUGGAAGCUCUGGACGUCGGGGAGCUUCCCCAGCCCCUCUCCGUUCCCCAAUUACGACUACAGGUACCUUCAGCAGAAGUACGGCGAGAGCUGCGCAGAGGCCAGGGAGAAGAGAGUGCCUGUCUGGAAUGCCCAGAGGGCCAGCACGCGGGGACCACCCAGCCGCAAAGGCAGUCUCAGCAUUGAGGACACCUUUGAGAGCAUCAGUGAACUGGGGCCUCUGGAACUGAUGGGCCGGGAGUUGGACCUGGCCCCCUAUGGGACCCUCCGGAAGUCCCAGUCGGCCGACUCCCUGAACUCCAUCUCCUCCGUGAGCAACACCUUUGGGCAGGACUUCACACUGGGCCAGGUGGAGGUGAGCAUGGAGUACGACACUGCCUCCCACACGCUGCACGUGGCAGUGAUGCAGGGCAAGGACCUCCUGGAGCGGGAGGAGGCCAGCUUCGAGUCCUGCUUCAUGCGCGUCAGCCUGCUGCCCGAUGAGCAGAUCGUGGGCAUUUCUCGGAUCCAGAGAAAUGCCUACUCCAUCUUCUUCGAUGAGAAGUUCUCCAUCCCCCUGGAUCCCACAGCCCUGGAGGAGAAGAGCCUGCGGUUUUCUGUAUUUGGUAUUGAUGAGGAUGAGCGCAACGUCAGCACGGGGGUAGUGGAGCUGAAGCUUUCUGUGCUCGACCUCCCACUGCAGCCCUUCAGCGGCUGGCUCUAUUUACAGGACCAGAACAAGGCCGCCGAUGCUGUGGGGGAGAUCCUGCUCUCCCUCAGCUACCUCCCCACAGCCGAGCGCCUCACCGUGGUCGUGGUUAAGGCCAAGAACCUCAUCUGGACCAAUGACAAGACCACAGCGGACCCCUUCGUCAAGGUAUACCUGCUGCAGGAUGGGAGGAAGAUGAGCAAAAAGAAGACAGCCGUGAAGAGGGACGACCCCAACCCGGUGUUCAACGAAGCCAUGAUCUUCUCGGUGCCAGCCAUUGUGCUCCAGAGGCCAAGAAGUACCUCUCGCUGCUCCUGGUCCUCAGCACCCAUGUUGCAUCUUCCUCAGGACCUGUCUCUCCGCGUGACGGUGGCUGAGAGCAGCAGCGACGGCCGUGGGGACAACGUGGGCCAUGUCAUCAUUGGGCCGUCAGCCAGUGGCAUGGGAACCACACAUUGGAACCAGAUGUUGGCCACGCUGCGCAGGCCCGUGUCCAUGUGGCACGCUGUCCGGCGAAACUAGCAACCAGGGCGGGCCAGGUGGGCAAUGGAGCUGCUGGAGCCCGGUAACCACUCAGCUCUGUCUGAUGCCCUCUCCAUAGCCCAGCUGGAGCCAUGAACACUGGGGUCCCCUGGCAGAGUCCUCAUGAGCCAUCCUGGUCUCUGUCCAGAUUGCAGCAGAGGAGUGGGCAUGGCUCUGUGUCCAGGGCCCCAGAGUCUUCUCCUGCUGAGGACCAGCUGUGGCUGGGCCAGGACAGAGGGAGGGUGCUGGGCACUGGAUGGCUGUGCUCCAACUCAAGCUCACUCACUCAACCCUGCUCCUCCUGGGAGGCCAGCUGCUGAGCCAGGCUAUAUUCUGGAACCCAGCGAAUCUUGGGGGCCAGACACUGUGCUAGGCACCAGCAGGGGUAACACGAAGAAGACCCGGCCCUUGGGACAUCAGGAAGACUAGCUCCCCUGCCCCAGAGGAUCUGCUCAGUGCUGAUGGCAGCCCAGCUGUGUGGACUCGGGGCUCUGAGGGCUAGGCAGACAGGAAGGGUCUCUUUGACAAGGUAGGAGCUGCGCUUGGAGGGGCAGGAAAAGAACUGAGCGUGUCGCAGGCAGCAGGCCCAACCUGAGCAAUGGCAGGAUGUGAACUUCCCCAUCACAAAUGCAGUCUUCAGCCCACUGCAGUGGAUACAAGGAAGGGCCUUUCUUGGGGCCGGAGAAGAGACCAAGAGACCAGGCCCAGGCAGCAGCCUGCCGGCCAUGUGGAACACUGGCUCCGGAGUUAUUCUCUGUGAAAUCUACUCCCUGGACCUCAACCAUGGCAAGAACCAGAGGUCCUAAGAGGCCCAGACCCAGGUCCUUGUGCUCAGUCCUGCGCAAACCAGGCCCGGGCUCUGCAAGCAUUUGUUGAUGCCCUUCCAGGCCCACUGGGAGAAAGAUGCCUCAGGCAGGUCUCAGCCUAGGGGGUGGCAGGGGUGGGGCAGAGAGAAUACUGACAGCAGAGGUCUUGGUGGGCUGUAGGUGCCUGGGCAGAUGUGGUGGACAAGGAGGCUCUCGGGCUGGGCCUUGGAUGGGUGGCAGUGGAAGGACAGCCCAGGUGGCUGAGGCCUGAUGGGAAGCCGGGGGAGGCCAGGGUGGAAGGGCGGCUUGAGGGACGCCAGGAGAAGACUGAAUGCCAGGCUAGGAAGGAGGCAGCUCUCGAUCACGGGGAGGUGCCCCCGACACUGGGUCUCCUAGCUCGAGUUCCCUAGAAGCAAAAUCUGAGAGGGGGAUUCUUGGGCAAGUAGCUUCUUGCAGGUGAGUGUUCUCAGAGAAACUUAUCAGAGCAAGAAAGGGAGCUCAGGCUGGAGGGAGGAAGCCACGCAAGUGUGGCUUCAAGAUUCAUCGCCUUGGCCUGAUCGCUGUGGGGGCAGGGGCCUGGAGUGCGAGGGGCACCCUGGGGGCUCCCACCCAGAAGCAGAGGGGCUGGGCUGUUGCACCUCUACUGGUUACCCCCCUAGCCCAGUAGGAGGAGAGCAGGCAGAGCUUGUCAUCCGCAGUCUGGCCUCCUGCAGUCCCAGGAAGCUGCUUCUUGCCUUCAUGGCUGAGUGCUGGGAAGGGCUGAGCUCACCCAGGCCAGCAGGUGGUGUAUCAUCUGCUCGGUGGGGCUACCCACAAGUGACAGCAUGGACCCUCAGGCUGGCUGCCCCUGUUCCUUGGUCCAUAACUGGUGAGCUAUGGAGACCCAGGCCAACAAGUUAUCCCCAAUGAUAUGGGGGGGGAAGGGGCUAGAACAAGGGCCCAGGGGACUGGAGGCAGGAUGGUGGCUUUCCCCACCUGACACAGCCAUGGCCCAGCCCCAAGGCCAGGCUGUCUACCCUGUGGCCACAGCAGGAGGUCAGCCCAGGGCCAGGAGACACAUGGCUGGACAAGGCUUUGCAGCCUGGGAGACCCCGACUCUCUCUAACCCAGUGGCUGUGCAGUGCAGGCCACUGACUUCCCCCCACCCUCUCCCCUCUCUCCCUCCGCCUAACUGCAUGACUUGUUAACUGUGUGCCCAGGAUGGCCGUGAUGGGGACAGGGUAUGCCUACUGGAAUGAAUCUAGAACCAAAAUAAAGCUGGGGCAGGAAGAGGGGACUUCCAGGGAGCCCUGCUCGGCCCUGAA